GAUCUAUGCCUCUAUUUUCACUGAAUGAUGUGGCAACAAGUUACCAAUCAUGAAUGCCAUUAAGCAUCCACAAAUGGGACUAUAAUCUAGUGAGAGAAAGAGCUUAGGAAAAAAGAAAAAAUUUGAAGAAUGAAUGGAUGAAUGAUAUCCAUAAUUCCAUGUGCCUCCCCUCUUCAAUACCCACACCUUCCUCUCCUCCAUCAAAUUCCACAUUCCCUCUCCUCCUCAAUUAUAACUCAUAAUCCACUUUCUAGGGUUUUGAGAAUUUGCAUCACCAAACCAAAAGCUGAUCACAUUCAGAUUAUACACAUAUACCCAUAUAUAUGUUUAUAUACAUGAGAGAGAGAAUCUUGUUCGCUUUUCUUUUUAUCAGAGAAUAUAAAGACUCAAACUUUCCCUCUGAUUCUGAUCCAUUGGCUUCUCUUUUGACUUGAAAACUCUCCUCCCAAGAUUUGUAGAGAGAGAAAGUUGAGUUUUAUAGAGAGAAACUGGGUAUUGGUUAAUAUUUGUUGUUUUUAUAUGUGGAGAUAAUUUUAUAGAGAUACAUAGAGAAAAAGAGAGAUGUUGGCAAUGGAGAAAGAUUUUGAUUCCAAGCUAAGGAUUCAGAGCAGCAAUAACUCUUCUUCAUCUUCUUCUUCCUCUUCUUCUACUUCCUCUAAUAAUAAUAACAUUGGGAAUGUUCAGAGAUCUAAGAGCUUUGCAUUCAGGGCUCCUCAGGAGAAUUUCAGUAUUCAGGAUUUUGAGCUUGGCAAGAUCUACGGUGUUGGUUCUUAUUCAAAGGUAGUGAGGGCAAAGAAGAAGGAUACUGGAGUGGUAUAUGCCUUGAAGAUCAUGGACAAGAAAUUCAUUACCAAAGAAAAUAAAACAGCUUAUGUGAAGUUGGAACGCAUUGUUCUUGAUCAAUUGGAUCAUCCAGGAAUUGUGAGACUAUUUUUUACUUUUCAGGAUACAUUUUCACUGUACAUGGCACUUGAAUCCUGUGAAGGUGGAGAGCUUUUUGACCAAAUAACCAGAAAAGGCCGUUUAUCGGAGGAUGAAGCUCGCUUCUAUGCUGCAGAAGUUGUGGAUGCUCUUGAAUACAUACAUAAUAUGGGAUUAAUACAUCGAGAUAUCAAGCCAGAGAACUUACUGCUUACAGGGGAUGGACAUAUUAAAAUUGCUGAUUUUGGGAGUGUGAAGCCAAUGCAGGACAGCCGCAUAACUGUUCUUCCUAAUGCAGCCUCAGAUGAUAAAGCUUGCACAUUUGUGGGCACUGCUGCGUAUGUCCCUCCAGAAGUCCUCAACUCUUCUCCUGCAACAUUUGGAAAUGACCUCUGGGCACUUGGCUGCACCUUGUACCAGAUGCUUUCAGGAACUUCUCCUUUCAAAGAUGCAAGUGAAUGGCUUAUAUUUCAAAGAAUUAUAGCCCGGGAUUUAAGAUUUCCUAACUACUUUUCAGAAGAAGCUAGAAACAUUAUUGAUCGGUUAUUGGAUAUAGAUCCCAGCAGAAGACCAGGUGCUGGACAUGAUGGUUAUGCUUCACUCAAAAUGCAUCCUUUCUUUAAGGGAGUUAACUGGAAGAAUAUUAGAGGGGAAACUCCUCCGAAGCUCGCUUUGGAGCAAGUGGCACAGUCUGGUGAGGGUGAGCAUGAUAAUGAUUCUUCAUGGAACCCUACACAUAUUGGGGAUGGUUCAAUAAGACAGAAUGAUGGGAAUGUUGGAACUUCAUCUGCUGAAGCAUCUGGUUCUGUAACUAGACUUGCGUCUAUUGACUCCUUUGAUUCUAAAUGGCAACAAUUUUUGGAUCCAGGGGAAUCUGUUCUUAUGAUCUCAAUGGUGAAAAAAUUACAGAAAUUGACAAGCAAGAAAGUGCAGCUCAUUCUCACUAACAAGCCAAAAUUGAUUUAUGUGGAUCCUUCAAAGUUAGUGGUAAAAGGAAAUAUAAUUUGGUCUGACAAUUCUAAUGACCUGAGUGUGCAGGUUAUAAGUCCUUCAAAUUUCAAGAUCUGUACGCCCAAGAAGGUAAUGUCAUUUGAGGAUGCAAAACAAAGGGCAUGGCAGUGGAAAAAGGCGAUCGAGAGUCUUCAAAACCGGUGAAAAAUCUCUCUGGUUUUGACAAGACAUUCUUGAAUGUUUCAAAAUUGUAGAAGAAUAUGGGGAUUUCUUGCAACAGUUGACAUCCCUGAGGAUUAUUUAUUUUGUGAAAGAGAUUAAAGAUGUUCAUUCCACUUUGUUCAACAUCUUCAAGGUGCAUUGAUACUGCCUCAAGUUCUCCUGCCUGUUUGCUUAGAACUGAGAUGGUGAUGAGUCUCGUUGCCCAUUUAUGCUUUGUAAGAAAUGAAUGUACAAUGUUUCUCCCUAUUUAAGGGUUUGUAGGGGGCUAGGGUUCAGAACUUGUUUAUUGUAUUUAACAUUACAACACAUCAAUGAAAAUUUUCUUUCAUCUUU